UCGCAAAAAGGGAUGCAGAGCGCAUGCGCACUGGACUCCGUUUACUGUAGGAUAUUCACCGAGGAGGAAAAAGGGGGGCAGGCAACAAACCAGGUUUUUUAAAACAGCAUAAACCCGACUUGUGCAAUGUAAAUAACGUCCAAGAGGGAUACGAAAUAAUAUCAACAGGUAGGAUUUCGAUUGUGAUCGGCAAUCUGUCUCAUUCUCUCUGUCCUUUUUUUUUGGCCCUGUCUUAUGUGGUGGCUGCAUUUCAUUCAUCGUGGGGACUUGGAAAUUAUUCUAGUCUAAUGGACGUGCAGAUCUGCUACACUGUUGUGCUUUAUCAAACCGACUGGGAAACGAGGACGACGAUUUGAUCCUGCCGUUUUUCUUACUGAAAUCUAUCGGAUUCAAACGCUCGUAAAAUACUCGCCCGACAAUCGGAGGACGCAUUUAAACGCGGAAUUUUUUAGGUGUGAUGAGACAAAGGAACAAAGGAUGCCUUAGAGGAGAGGUUGCCUAUAUACUUGGAAACCUCUUCAAAGCACACCGCCAAAUGGAUCUAACACCUCCCCCUGCUACCUCUAGAUCAUGAUACUUGGCUGAAGCUAUUCCCCUAUCUUUAUGAUCCCUCCUCCAUCUAUGGCGAACUAUAGCCAUGCAGGGGACCACACCAUCUUGCAGAAUGUCUCUCCUCUCACUACGUUCCUCAAACUGACCUCUCUGGGUUUCAUCAUUGGAGUUGGUGUGGUAGGAAACCUCCUGAUCUCCAUCCUCCUGGUCAAAGACAAGAGUCUGCACCGAGCACCCUACUAUUUCCUGCUAGACCUGUGUGCUUCAGAUAUCCUGCGAUCUGCGAUCUGCUUCCCCUUUGUCUUCACAUCAGUCAAGAAUGGAUCUGCCUGGACCUAUGGCACGCUGACCUGCAAAGUGAUAGCCUUCCUGGGUGUGCUCUCCUGUUUCCAUACAGCAUUCAUGUUAUUCUGUGUCAGUGUCACCCGCUACCUGGCCAUCGCACAUCACCGUUUCUACACCAAGAGGCUGACCUUCUGGACCUGUCUGGCUGUCAUCUGCAUGGUAUGGACAUUGUCAGUGGCUAUGGCAUUUCCACCAGUGUUAGACGUAGGGACAUACUCUUUUAUCCGGGAGGAGGACCAGUGCACAUUCCAGCACCGUUCCUUCAGGGCAAAUGAUUCUCUGGGCUUCAUGCUCCUGCUGGCGCUCAUUCUCUUGGCUACACAGCUGGUUUACCUCAAGCUCAUCUUCUUUGUUCAUGACCGCCGAAAGAUGAAGCCUGUCCAGUUCGUGCCUGCUGUCAGCCAGAACUGGACCUUCCACGGACCAGGUGCCAGUGGUCAGGCGGCAGCCAACUGGCUGGCAGGAUUUGGUCGAGGCCCCACCCCGCCUACUUUGUUAGGCAUUCGGCAAAACAGCAAUGCAGCGGGUCGCAGGCGUCUAUUGGUAUUGGAUGAAUUCAAAACAGAGAAGAGGAUUAGUAGGAUGUUCUACAUCAUGACAUUUUUCUUCCUGGCGCUGUGGGGGCCCUAUCUAGUCGCCUGUUACUGGCGGGUGUUUGCACGGGGCCCAGUAGUCCCUGGGGGCUACCUAACAGCAGCUGUUUGGAUGAGCUUUGCCCAGGCUGGGGUCAAUCCUUUUAUCUGCAUCUUCUCCAACAGGGAGCUCCGGCGCUGCUUCAGCACCACACUGCUCUACUGCAGAAAAUCCAGGUUACCAAGGGAACCUUACUGCGUUAUAUGAAGGUUUUGCUGUGGGGUUUUUUUCUCAUCUAUGUCUCUAUUUCCCUGAGUGAUCUUGAUCUGGGCUUGUUCCCAUUGUACAGCACACUCUCUCUUUCUAUCUCUCUUCUCUUCAUCCUCCAAUUAUUUUUCUGUUCCUCCUUCUCCUAUUGCUUAUUUUCAGAGGUAGAAGGUGGACUUCCAAUCACGAGGUGAUUGAAUAUAAAACAUAUGAAACAUGGAGGCUGAAGGGAGUGGGAAUGCGCAGGAGGUUUGGAUCUCCUCCUGUGUUUAUGUUCUAGUAAACAGACAUUGUGGAAGGCUAUGCCAAUGCAGAG